CAGACGGGAAAUUACUUUCUCAAUCAAAACACGCUAGGGGCCGGGAGUGUUUACGCAAUUUUUAUACUGCCUUUAGGAGGAAUUGUAAUUGUUGUUAUUCCGCAAGUUUGGGUCCAAAAUGCUGGCCAACUGUGAAAAGCUGCGACCAUUGCUUACGGGCUUGUUGCAUGGUCAGUACGGUCUGCAGAUUGCCGGCAUGAAGUUUUUUGCUCCACCGAUUAAAUAUGACAAUAUUCAGAUCCCAGAGAAGCCCAAACUCCGCUUUAUGGACAAAGUUCCGCAGCUGCCUAGCAAUCUCCGUGCACCAAAGAUGCAGAAGAAGCUGAAAUGGAUGCGCGGCCCUGAGCUGGUGCACAAUUCGCUCGUUCACAAGCAGUAUGGCAUAGUAGCGACGGGGGGAGGUCGAUUACGAUGGGGCCACUAUGAAAUGUUGCGAUUGACGAUUGGUCGCAAGAUGGAUACGAGCCGCAUGUUUGCCAUUUGGCGCGUCGAGGCACCGUGGCAACCGGUGACGAAGCAGGGCCAGGGCCAGCGCAUGGGUGGUGGUAAAGGUGCCAUCGAUCACUACGUUACGCCGGUGAAGAGUGGGCGCGUCAUUGUGGAGCUGGCAGGAGAGCUAGAAUUUGUAGAGGCGAAGAAAAUUCUUGAUAUCGUGUGCCCUAAGCUGCCGUUCAAGGCAAUGGUGGUUUCGCAGGAGAUGUUGGAAAACAUGAAAGCGGAGGAGGAGCGUUUGGAACGAGAAAACCUAAACCCGUGGAACUUUAAGUACAUCAUCCAGAACAAUCUCGGCGGUUGCCACCGAUGGUUGUCUCCGGUAGAUCACAAGUGGUUCGGAAAGUAUCUGUAGAUGGUGCGGAAUGGGAAAUAAAUCGGUUAUUAUAGUAGUUACACAA